AUGGCGGCGGCGCGGCGGCCGCACCAGCCUCGCUUCCUGGCCUCUGCCGCCGUCGUUAGCGCCGAGGCGCUCAAGAUCGGCGUGAGCGUGGCGAUCCUGCUGCGCGAGCAGGUGCGCGGUGGCGAGGCGGCGCUGUCAGUCCUUUGGAGGCAGGUCGUGGUUGACUGGCGCGGCACUCUCGCCCUCUUCCCUCCGGCGCUCAUCUACCUCGUGCAAAACAACCUGCUCUACCUCGCGGCCGCGCACCUCGACGCCGCGGCGUACCAGGUGCUGUACCAGCUCAAGCUGCUCACCGCCGCCCUCUUCUCCGUGCUCCUGCUCGGCCGCCGCCUCUCUCCCCGCCGGUGGGGCGCACUGCUCGUCCUGUUCGUCGGGGCACUCCCCAGAUGCAGUGCACACGGACCCGUGCCCUGUCCACACCUCGAGAGCACGCAUGCCGCUGCGGCGGGCGUCUGGACCGAGGCGCGGGUCAAGCGCACCGCCCAUGUCAGCGUGGCGGUGCGCAACGUCCAGCUCGGUCUCGCCUCCCUCGCCGCCGGGGCUUGCUCCGUCUGCUGGCUCGACGCCGAGGCGGUGCGGCAGCGUGGCCUCUUCGCCGGCUUCACCCCUCUCGUGUGGCUCGUGGUGCUGCAGGUCGCCGCGGGCGGCUUGAUCAUCGGCGUCGUGCACAAGCACGCGGACAACAUCGCCAAGGGCUUCGCGACAUCGCUCUCCAUCCUCCUCUCCUCGGCCCUCUCCGCGCUGCUGCCCUCGCUCCGAUUCUCGCCCAGCCCGCGCUUCUUGCUCGGCGCCGUGCUGGUGGUUGCCGCGACCGCGGUGUACUGCCUCAGCACCGACGCGCCCUCCGGCGAGCGGCAGCGGAGAGAACGAUGA